AUGUCUGUUAACAUAUCGUAUACAACGCAGGGGUUUGACACUGGCGAAGAAGACCUUUAUCUCUUACCCACCCCUGUGCUGGUUCCAGUGGUGAUCAUCAUCGUGGUUCUCAUACUGAUGGCGGUGAUGGGCAACCUCCUCGUCAUCAUCUCUUACCUGAGAGACAGGUCUCUACGGACGAUCUACAACAUCUACAUCUUCAACCUCGCCAUUGCUGACAUGUUCCUUGGCUUUUCCAGCAUGGGUUUGUACAUCGUGUACACCGUUAUGGUGUUUCACUGGCCCCUGGGUCGGGCCAUGUGCAAGAUAUUUCUGUGCGUGGACUUCACUCUCUGUCUGGAGACCGUUCUUCUGAUGAUCAUUCUCAGUCUGGAUCGCCUGAUCCUCAUUACAGCUGGAGCUGACUAUAACCAACGCGAGACUAGGAGAGUGGCGUACAUCAAGGUCACGGUCAGUUGGAUCUUUGCGUUUUCUCUUUACGGUCCUGCGAUCAUCGGCUGGGAUUACUGGGUAGGUGAAUCGGCCGUUGCAGACGACGACUGCGACACCGAAUUUAACAAGAAUUUUGAAUACACAUUAGCAACAGCCACCGUGGAAUUUGUUAUUCCCUUUGUGUCAAUCAUAGUGUUAAACACAUUAACCUAUUUGAAAAUUCGACAACGCAACAAAAUAUUCUGCCAGACGGAUCAGAUAAAAUCAUCCACCGUCCGUACUGUAACGUCAACGAUAGAAAGCCCGUCUUACGUCUCCGCCAACAGUUCUGUUAGUGCUGGUGGGAAUAAUCCUGAUGCAGCUGUUGGAAUCCAUCCAGGUAUUGUUGGCGGGAACAAUCCAGGUAGUGUUGGUGGAAACAGUUCAGGUGGUGUUGAUUGGAACAAUCCAGCUAAGGUUGCCUGCAACAUUCCAGCUAGUGUUGCUGCUAACGAUUCAAACAGUCCAGCCAGUGUAGAUGCUGACAAUUCAAAGAGAGCUGGAAGGCACAGCCGGGACAGGAAAGCGGCCAAAACCUUGUCUUUUUUAGUGAUCGUGUUCGCCAUCUGUUGGACUCCGUACACCAUGGUCAUUAUUUUGAAGACUGUAUGCGAGGCAUGUGUAAACAAAAAUGUGUUAGAGUUUCUUGUCUGGCUGCUGUGGACAAAAUCAUGCGUCAAUCCCUUUCUCUACGCAUACACCAAUGUCAGAUUUCGUGAAAACUUUAGAAAACUGUUUAGUUGUUUUGUUUUAAGAAGACGCAUUGACUAA